AAAAAGGAAAAGAAAGUGGAAAGAUAAGAGAGGUUGGUUCCCACUGUAUCAAUGAUGUGGGUGUGUAUGUGCUAGUCAAGAGAAAGAGAAAGGUGGGUUCCCCUUUACAGAGAGAGCGAGAGGGGGAGUAGGGCCAAGAGAGCGUCCCUGUCCGCCAUCAGAAAGAGAUGUAUGUAUGUGCUACCUUAGCCGCUGUACUUGCAGCUGGGUUUAUGACUGAUGCCAUUGGAAUUCAUGCUAUGUUUGGUGCUUUUGUGAUUGGAGUUCUUGUCCCAAAGGAAGGGCCAUUUGCUGGUGCUCUUGUAGAAAAAGUUGAAGAUCUCGUAUCUGGUCUCUUUCUCCCUCUGUAUUUUGUCUCAAGUGGACUGAAAACAAAUGUAGCCACAAUCCAAGGGCUUCAGUCAUGGGGUGUCCUUGUUUUGGUCAUAUUUACAGCCUGUUUUGGGAAAAUCGUUGGUACGGUUGUAGUUUCUGCACUUUACAGAGUACCUUUUCGUGAAGCUCUUGCAUUGGGCUUCCUAAUGAACAGCAAGGGCUUGGUGGAACUUAUAGUCCUCAACAUCGGAAAGGAUAGAAAGGUAUUAAAUGAUCAAACAUUCGCCAUCAUGGUUGUCAUGGCCCUCUUCACUACCUUCAUCACCACACCCCUAGUAAUGGCCGUGUAUAAGCCUGCAAAAAGGGCAAGUAAAGCUGAUUACAAGCAUAGAACAAUAGAGAGGAAAAAUCCGAAUACUCAGCUUCGAAUCCUGGCCUGUUUUCGUAGUUCUAGAAACAUUCCAUCGGUGAUAAAUCUCGUCGAGGCCUCACGAGGAGUUGAGAAGCGUGAAGGUCUUUGUGUGUACGCAUUGCACCUCAUGGAGCUCUCUGAAAGGUCAUCAGCCAUACUAAUGGCCCACAAGGCAAGAAAGAACAGACAACCGUUUUGGAAUAUGGGUCAGCGAUCAAAUUCAAACCAUGUUGUUGUGGCUUUUGAGGCUUUCCGGAGGCUGAGCCAGGUGGCAGUAAGGCCAAUGACAUCAAUCUCUUCACUGUCAGACAUGCACGAGGACAUUUGCACUACUGCUGAGAGGAAAAGAGCAGCUUUCAUAAUUUUACCAUUUCACAAGCACCAGAGAUUGGACGGCACGCUAGAGACUACACGAAUUGAAUUUCGGUAUGUUAAUAAGAGGGUACUCGAACACGCACCAUGCUCAGUUGGGAUCCUACUCGACCGUGGGCUUGGUGGAUCAAUCCAUGUAUCUGCAAGUAAUGUUGCUUACUUCAUCACAGUUCUCUUCUUCGGAGGCCGUGAUGAUCGUGAAGCCCUUGCUUACGGGGCUCGAAUGGCUGAGCACCCUGGCAUAAGAUUAACAGUCAUUCGCUUCUCUGUGGAAACGGAGGGUGUAGGAGAGAUUGUAAGAGUCGAUGUGGAUGGCAAUUCUAUCACGAAAUUGGGUUCAACAGAUGAAGAGUAUCUUAGCGAGUUCAAGGAAACAAUUUCAGAAGACAGCUCAAUCAAAUAUGAAGAGAAAAUUGUAAGAAAUGCUGUAGAGGCCACUGCCGUGGUCCGUGAAUUUAGUUGCUGCAGCCUCUUUUUGGUGGGUCGAUCACCUUUUACUGAAUUAGCUUUAGCAUUAAACCGGAACAAUAGUGAAUGCCCAGAGUUGGGACCUGUAGGAAAUCUGUUGACUUCACCUGAUUUUUCGACAACGGCUUCAGUUUUGGUGGUGCAACAGUAUUAUAACGCAGCAUCUCCGAAUUUAACCUUAACGAUUGCAGAAGAGUUGGGUGAUGGAAUUACAGGAUCCAGCUAACUGUCUUUUCUUAGUUUGAAUAAAUUUGUCUAUUUUUUAGUGCUGGCUAGACAUUUUAAUCUUAGGAUCUUGGCUUACAAUGAUCUAUCUUUUACCAUAUUGUUAUCAGUCAGAUUUCUGAAGUUUCAAAGUUCUUUUAAGUGAACUCUGGGAUGAACCUUGUGACUUUAAAAGUCCAAAUAAAGCAACAGUCAAUUCUAAAGGCUAUUAUUGUGAUAUA